AUGACAGGCAAACAGCAACAGAAGAGACAUAAAUACAACCUACGACCUCGUUCUUCGACCAACAGCAUUAGCUCUGCGUCGUCCAUGAAGUCCAAGAGCAAGGCAACAUCCAUUGGAUCUUCGAGUAUGUCAUCUUCUUCCAAAGCAACAGCUCUCUCAUCAACUUUCACACUCUUCCCAAACUUGCCACCAGAAAUCAGAAUCAUGAUCUGGCACAUGGCGAUGCAUCCUCGAGUCGUAAUGGUGACACACAAAGUCGUCACAAACCCGCCAACACCACUGACUCGGUCUUCCAUCUCAGACCCAUACCCGGCCCUCCUAGCCACAAGCCACGAGUCCCGCUCGAUCACUCUCCCACUGUACACAUCCAUCUUCCCAGCUCCCUCCCUAGGCCCCCUAAGAUGGCACUACAGCAGCAACACGAACCACAUCCCCAAACACCUCAAAAAAGCUGUUCUCCCUCACUCCUUCCACCAUACCCUCCCUUCGCAUCUGGCAAAAGUAAACAAAGCCAUGAACCACCCCUCCAAAGCCCACAAAGACUACAGCGCCUUCGCUACCCGCUACCGAAAAUCCCACAGCGUCAUCACACCCGCGUUCUUCUCUCCUUCGACCGAUAUACUCUACCUCUGCCGCCCCUCCACCAAAUUCCAAUCCGGGCUCUGGACGCCCUCUUCUUCCAACGCGAAGCAGAUCACAUCUCUGGCGCUGGAAUUUGAUACCUUCGGCGUGGCGCGGAAGGGAGAUGGUAAGCGGAGAUGGAGCGGUGUGUAUGCUUAUAAGAAUCUUGGGGCCGUGGAGACGUUGUAUUUGGUGUGUUUGGAGGAUCGGGAGGUGGUUAGGGUUCGGUUUGGGGAGGGGCUGGGGGUAGUUGAGUGGAGUUUUCGGUUGAUGAGAGAGGGGGAGGAGGGGUGGGGAUUGUUUAGGGAACAGAUGGGGAAAUGGUGGAGUGGGGUUGUUUGGGAUGUGAAAAUAGGCAAGAAGGGAAAGAUGAGCUUGUGGGUUGCGGCGAAGAAGGAGUGGAAGGUUGAUUUUGAGCAGUGGGAGACGGAUAAGAGACUCAUCCUGGAGGGCAACGAGAGGGUGGCGAAGGAGUGGGGGAGUGCGAAGAGAGUGUACAGUUGGAGUGACGCAGUGCACUGGAUGCGGAGCCUGCAACCAUCGAGACUCAUGCUAAAUGGCGACGGAGAGACGUAUGAGGGACCUGUCAAGGUCGCGUACAAUCCUCUCAGAGGCUAG